CACAUGAGCAUGGAGUACCACCACCACAACGUUCACAACGCCAACACGCAUCGUAGAAUCGUCGUCGUUUCUCUAUCGACGCGUUAUACUCCGCUAUAUCCGGAGCAGACUUGCGCGGUACGAAACAAUCGUUCGUAAGACGUCUGUGUGUAAACGUCUCUCCGCGUUAUUCCUUCGUUCCGUAUUUAAUUAUUGUAAAACGUGAUUUCAUUCUUACCGAUGUGCUGAAAUUGUUAAAAAAUACACAACCGAAACUUUCUGGCAGACUUGCUUUAAUAAAGUGGACUUCAUUUUUUUCAUAUUUUAACUCAGUGUUUGUUUGAUAUUCUUUACGUGGUUUUGACUGUAUUCUUUUCCCGAUCUUGAAACAGAUCCCCGUCUUCCUCCCGAUCGUUUUAACGUGCUGUUCUCGGUUACUACCUGCCCCGGGUCGAAAUAAUGGCAGAACGAAGGGGCACGAAAGCGCUUGAACUUUGGUGUAGGCGGAUGGUCGAAGGUUAUCCGGGGGUCAAAAUUGACAACAUGACUACAUCGUGGCGCGACGGACUCGCUUUUUGCGCCAUUAUUCAUCAUUUUCAUCCUGAAUUAAUUGAUUUCGCCAAACUCAACAAGGACAACAUCUACGACAACAACGAACUUGCAUUCACAGUGGCCGAAAAACACUUAGGGAUUCCAGCCCUUUUAGAUCCCGAAGAUAUGGUCGAAUACGAUGUUCCUGAUCGAUUAUCAAUACUCACAUACGUCGCGCAGUUUUAUAGAACUUUCGCCUCAUCUCAAGCUUCAUCUCCGUCACGAAUGGUUCCUAAAAGAACGGCCACAGCAUCUGAAAGAGGAAUUGUAUCUCCAGCUUCAACGAGUCCACCAACAAAAAUAAUUCAUAAAGUUGGUAUACCUCGACGCGAUCCUUGUACAAAAUGCGGUCUUCCGGUUUUCAUAGCUGAGCGUUUAAACGUAGGCAAAGGUAGCCUUUUUCAUCGUACAUGCUUUAGAUGCGCACGUUGCAACUCUCAACUUUCAUUAGCAAACUAUUACGAAACGGAUUCAAAUCAAUUUUGUUGCGAAACGUGUCCCGACGAAGAAACACCAUCACCAAUAACAACAAUCACGCGCUCACUCAGCGACGAAGAAAAAUCUAACAACAAUAAAUCAAAUAAACCAAACAUUAGUUGUAAUAACAAUAACCAUAGUGAUUCUUAUAGUUGUAAUUUUGAGACUGCUUUAGAAAGUGCGAAUUUAUCGUUAAAUUCAACAAAAAAUAGUGAUUUAACAUCGAUUAGUAAUGAAUUCGUUACGGCAAGGUCAAAGUUUCUAACAAUGCAAGUUGAUGAAGAAGAAAAACCUCCCGAAUUGCCAAAAACAAAUCCCCCCGAUUUAAAAAAGACACAAAGUACUCAACCGGAAGAAAGUAUUGAUAGUGUAAAUAAAAAUUUAUUAAAAAAUAGUGAUAAUAAAAAUAAUAAUGAUAAUAAAGACAUGAAAAACGUUGUUACCAAAGAUGUUUUGAACGAUUCCAAUUUAACAAAACCGACAUCCGUUCGGGAUCGAAUGAAAUUAUUUGAAACACCUAUUAGUGAAGUUCCAAUGGCAACUUCUGAGAAAAAGAACACAACAAAUAUUAUCAAAUAUGACGAUAUUGAUACGUCUUCACCCUUAAAUGAUGCUACAACAAACAAAAUUAAUAGAAUUAGUUUGUCACCUAUAAACGCUGAAACAUCAAAAUUAACUGAGUCAUCAUCAUUACCAUCAUCACCAUCACCAUCAAAACUAAAUAUACUUUUAGAAAAACAAUUGUUAAAAAAAUCACUUACAUCUCCAUCAAUAAAUAGUGAUUUGGGAAUAACUAAAGUUUUAUCAUCAGAAAGAAAUCAAGAUUUAACUCCAGAAAAUGUUAAUGUAUUAUCAAAAUUGCAAGAAAAACCACCUCAUUUACCACAAAAAUCACCUGAAGUUAAAAUAAAUCAAGAUUUAACUCCAAAAGAUGAUAUUAUCUUCCAUAAAAAAUCGGAUAUUGAAGAAAUUCGAGAUGUAAGUUUAAUAGAAGCUAAAAUAGUAGAUGUGAGUGGUGUUUUAGAUACUGCACCCGCUGUUGAUGUUGUAGCUUCAUUAGAAAUUGUUGAUACAAAUGUUGAAAAUCAUGUUGAUGAUGAUGUUUCAGAGAAAUUCCUGGAGGAAAACGAUUCGAAAGACGAAAUUGGUGAAAUAUCUGGAGAUGGAGAUUUAAAGAGAAAUGAAUCGAGCGUUACUAAAUCGUUGUGUGAUGAAUUUACGAGCGAUGAUGUUAUUAUCAUCGAUGAUAGUGACGAUAUUAAUAAUUCUCAAGAUUACCAAAAUACUCAAGAUAAUAUUAUAAUUGAAAUAUCAAGUGAUCAAUUAAGUCAAGAUAUUAUUGAAAUUUCUCAUGAGAAAUUAGCUUAUCCUGAAGAUCUAAAUCCAUUUGGUGAAGUAGAUGAAGAAGAAAGUAAUAAAGAAUGUCUAAAACAAGAAAAAAUUGAAACUAUUUCAUCUUUGGUAAACCAUCAAAAAUCUUUAAAUCCUUUCGAUGAAGAUGACGAUGAUGAAGAAAUUGAAGAUAUUCCCAAGAAAAGUCAAGAUGUUCCUCAAAAACCCAUUCCAUUAACGAGAAAAAAUAUUCCCGAUUCGAAAAGAGAACACGUUAAGAAAGAAGUAAGUUUAAAUCCUUUCGAUAGUGAUGAUGAGGAUGACGAAAAUGUUGAAGAUGAUAAAAAAAUGAUCGAGAAUGAGAUUAAACCGCCCGUCAAAAAGGUGAUUGCUGCUCCUGUUCUUGAAUUAAAUCAAGAUUUACAAGAUUCGAUUUAUGUGAAAAGAAUUAGUUUAAGUCCUAGUGUUGUUGGUCAAUAUAAACAAAUCAAUGUUAAAAAGAAAGUUGUUGCCGCUCCCCGGCUUACUUUAAAUUCGCUUUGGACGGAUCACGAUGAUUGCGAUGAUGAUGACGAUAAUUUAAAAUAUCCAGUUCCUACACCAAGGAAAAUAAGAAACAAUCAGGAAACGCCAGAAAGAAAAUUACGGGAUCAACAUCUUCCUGCAAUUUACGGCUCGAAUUCUUCGUUAUCAAGCGCGACUUCCGGCGGGCAAUCGGUGAGAAAGAAAAAACCGGCGCCACGGCCGCCCAUUUUAAGUCCUGAAUCAACUCAAAGUUCAUUAACUUCAAGCCCAAGCACGAGUGCUCAACAUUCCCCGAGAUUAUCAUCGUCGAAAAAUCGUAAAACAAAGAGAGCCCCACCUCCACCCACUCACCAAAGAAAUCUUUUCGAAGUAAAAAAUGAUCUAACAUUUAUAGAACGUGAAAAUAUGAUUCGAGAAUCAUCGUGGGAAGAAGAAAAGGAAAUUAAAAACGUUGAAAAUCAAAAACGUCAAAGUAUUUCCGACGAUUCUGAUCAUCAUCCACAAAGACCUUCAUACAUUCCAAAUAAAAGUACAUAUGGCAAAUGGAAAAAGAAAAAGGGUCCUGCUCCAUCUCGUCCAAUUCCACAAAAACGCAACGUUAAACAAUUACCGGUUAAAGAGAUUAAAAAGGAAUUGGAUUUGAUUGAAUUACAACAACAAGGUUUAGAAAAACAAGGUGUUAGAUUAGAACAAAUAAUACGCGAACGAUGUGAAGGACCUUUAUUAGAUCCAAAUGAAAUCGAUCCAAUAGAAGUAGAUGAUUUAAUGUUACAAUUAUUCGAAGUCGUUAAUGAAAAAAAUGAAUUAUGUCGAAGACAAGCGGAAUUAAUGUAUUUAAGACGUCAACAUCGUUUAGAAGAAGAACACGCUGACGUUGAAUAUCAAUUACGUUGUUUGAUGAUGGAACCUGAAGCUACUAAAACCGAUAGUGAUAAAGCAAGGGAAGAAGAAUUAAUUGCUCGAAUAGUUGAAAUUGUUGAACGUAGAAAUGAAAUUGUUGAAUGUUUAGAAAUCGAUCGAUUAAGAGAGAAUGAUGAAGAUAAUAGUAUUACUAAUUCAAUGAAUGAUUACGCCGCGAAAAGAGAUGAGGGAUUAAACGUUAUUGAAAAUGUUGAUAAAAAGGAGAAAAAGAAGAAGAAAAAACUUAAAAUCAAUUUUUCUAAAAAGACUGAUCUCGAUAAAGAUGUCGACGAAAGUGAAUCAACCUCGAAUAAGGAAAAGAAAAAGAAAAAAUUUGCUUUGUUCUAGAUUUUUUAAGAUUGUAGAGAAGUAUUUUUGUAAUGUAG